CGCUGGGCCCUUCGACGUCGUACACACUGCGCUCGUUAUGAUGCUCCUGUCUCGCGGAAACGCGCUCCUCUCCACCGUGGCCGCGUCCCUCGCGUGGGCCUCUGCUGCUGGUGCCCAACAAGCUACAGGUGCCUCGUACGCGGGGUCGACAGUCACCGCUGCGUACCCCCCGACCAACGACACGUCGUACUCCACCUACUUCCCGGAUGCAACGCAGGUCGGAUACCCCGGUCCUACGCCCACCGGCGCAGAGCCCGAGGCCAUCGCCACCGCCGCGUUCGCCCCGCUCGAAGACGCCAACCCGCUGACGCCGCCCAGCGCCGCCGGCUCCUCGGCGGCCGCGUUCGACGUCCUCCGCUACUGGGGCAACCUCUCCCCGCAGUACACCGUCCCGUCGUUCGGGCUCCCGGACAGCUCCCCGCAGAUCCCGGAGGGCUGCGGCCUCAACCAGGUGCACCUGCUCAUGCGGCACGGCGCGCGAUACCCGACGAGCGGCGGCGGGCCUGCGGACUUUGCGGCGAAGCUGCACGCGGCGGCGACGGGUGCGGGGUUCGUUGCGAGUGGGGAUUUGGAGUUUUUGGGUAAUUGGACGUAUAAGCUCGGGGCGGAGAUUUUGACGUCUUUUGGGCGCAAGCAGCUGUUCGACGAGGGAAUCCGGUUCCGUAUGCGGUACGGCGAGCUUUUGAAUGGGUUUACGGAGCUUCCUGUGUUUAGGACGACCUCUGAAGACCGUAUGGUCGAUUCAGCACUGAACUUCGCAGCAGGCUUCUUCGAAGUACGCACAUACCUCGAAGAUUACUACCAGUCGAUCAUCGUCGAGGCCGACGGGUUCAACAACACCCUCGCGCCGUACGGGACGUGCAACAAUUCUAAUGUUGAGAAUAUCGGGUACUACGGCGAUGGUCAGGGGGACAAGUGGGCGGACAUCUAUCUCCAGUCCGCACUCAAGCGGCUUCAGCCUCAACUCAAGGGCGUGAACCUGACUGUCACGGACUUGGUCAACAUGCAGGAGAUGUGCUCUUACGAGACCGUCGCGCUUGGUUUCUCGGUCUUCUGUGAUCUAUUUACGCCUGAAGAAUGGGAAGGAUUUGAGUAUCUCAUUGAUCUCCAAUUCUGGUACAGUGAAGGCCCUGGUAACCCCACGUCCGCAGCCAUGGGCUUGGGCUGGGUUCAGGAGCUCGUCGCCCGCCUCACGGAGACGCCGAUCACUGUGUGGAACAGUACGACCAACAGCACGUUGGACAACAGCAACAUCACGUUCCCGCUUAACCAGCCCAUCUACGUCGAUGCCACCCAUGACACCGUCAUCUCUAACAUUGUCACCGCUCUGAACUUCACGACCCUCGCUGCAGUCGGCCCGCUCCCGACUGACCACAUUCCUCCCAACAGAUCCUACAUCGUCAGCCAAAUAGCGCCCUUCGCAAGCAACCUCAUCGCGCAGGUCCUCUCCUGCCCCGCCUCCGAAGACCCGACGCACAUCCGGUUCGUGCUCAACGACGCCGUCGUGCCGCUCACGGGCAUCGCGGGCUGCGACGCAGAGGACAAGAACGGGCUGUGUGCGCUGCCGGGCUUUAUCAGCGGGAUGCAGACGCGGAUUGGCGAGAUCGAUUUUGAUUUUGAUUGUUUUGCGAAUUAUACGAUGCCGCAGCCGGAUGAGAUCACGGAUGGGCGGUAUCCGGCGUGGUUGAGGAACGGGACUUCGAGUGCGUGAUGGUAGGGUUUGUAGUUAGUAUGGGCGUGUGAUAGAGCAUCACUGUGCUUGGCCCAUUCAAGUUGGACCAGAAAACGAAGAGAUGGGUAGAACUUAUCAUAGUUUAUUUCGUGCCUACGGUACGCUUCAUCUGUCCAUUAUAUGGUGAUACAAUCCUUUCAGCUACAGCACCAUAACCUCUUGCUACCAG